UGUUGCGGAAAGCGAAACUGUUAUACGAGCUAAGAAAUGUUUGCGAAAAGUCGUGGCAAAAAGGUAAAGCAGAAAUAAACAAACAUUUCGGUUGAUGUUUAAAGGAGAGCGGAGAAUAUAUGCUGUGUGAGAGCGCGCACUGUAGGCGCAAACAUAUGGCGCACAACUACAAACACAGAAAGGUGUUAGAGCGCAUUCAAUAUCUUAAUAAUUACGCAUUAUAUACCGCUUUGUUUUGCGUUAAUGAAGGGAUGCGGAGGUAAAACAAAGCAUAUGCAAAAUCAGGGAAAUGACAAAACUGCUUGCAAAUAAAUAAAGACCAGAGAGAGAGUGCGAGAGAGAGUGUAUGAGUGUGAGAUGAACGCAAAAAGAUACAAAUAUACUGAACGCGUGCCGCAACUAAGUUGAGUGGAUGCUAAGAGCAAAGUAUCUGCGGUGAGUAAUAAAUUUAACAAAGUCACACACACACACACACACACAAACGCUUAAUAAGCACAAAGUCAACGACAAACAACACAAAGUGUGGUGUAUGUGCUAAAAGAAAAAUCCAUGAAUCAACAAACCGCCGAGCGCACUUAUUCAUACGCUUUCGUUAUAUAGCACGGGCACGAGCAAACCGAACGGGCGAGUAAGUGAGUGAGUGAGCGCAGCUCCGAAGGCCGUUGCUGGGUAGUCAACAGUGUGUGUUUAAUGGGGAGUGGUGGGAGUGUAGCAAAGUGGGCAGCAGCAGCAGCAGCCACAGCAACACCAAAGCAAGUAACAGCAGCGGCGCAGCGUUCACGGUACAACAACACGAAACGUUGAAAUACAUCGCUGGCCGUGCGAUUACUGCUGUCUCGAAAAUAUUCAGUCGAAAAGUUACUCUUUUAGUGUGCGGCCGCUCCGUAAGUAAAUCGUAAGACUACGCAGUUAAAACGCGUCUCAAGUGUAAUAUUGAACGGUACGGUUAUUUUGCCCAUACCUAAUCUAGCGCAAAAUCGCUUAAGUUGGCUUGAUGAAAAGUGAUUUUGUUUCCACCAACAACAGCUGUUUGGAGUGGCAACUAGAUUUUGCAAAAGUGUUGCAGGAAAAAAAAAUAAAUCUCAACAAAAAUUUGCCAAUAACAACAGCAACACGAAACCCGAGUGCAAAGUAAUGAAAAGUCGAUGUCGUUUGAUACGUGCCAAGUAGCAACAACAACAACAAUGGCGCAUAUGUGAAGUGAGCGAAUGCGUGUGUACGCGAAGUGCUGUGGUGAAGAGCGCGAAGCACCAACGAAAUACACUACUGUGGCUGUGGUGCUGAGAGAGCGUGCUGCGCGCGAUUACUUCAAUUCGUUUAACUAGGCGAUUGAAUACGUUACGAUACAUUGUAUAUUGGCGAGUGUGUAGAUUUCGCUUGUGCUUAGGUUAAAAGCAACAAAAUAUAUCUUUGUUAUUAAAAGUUAUUCGCAAGGCAGUGUGAAUUCCAAGUUGAAAAUUGCUUUACAAUAGAAUAUACACAGAAGCAAGUAUGUGUGUGUGUGUGCAUUUCGUGAGCAGUGAAAAUGAAAAUAAUUGCAGUGAUGAAAGUAAAUAAGCAUUAACCACAAUUUAUUUGCGGUCAAACGCCCGACAGCGCCAACGAAUAUUCGCAAAAUUCGUUGACGAAACGUGUGCUUCUUCUUCUUAUUUGCGGCAGCAGCAGCAGCAGCGACUGCGCUGGUGUGCGUGUGUGCGGCAUACAGGUGCAAGUGUACGCGCGUAUUUCGCAGUUAUACAUCACUACACACGUAUAUAUCCAUAUAAUAUAUGAAUACGUAGCUAUAGUACGACGCCAGCCUGUGUUCGUGUUCGCAUAGAAGUUGCCAGCGCAAAGCAGUGGCAAAUCGGGCAACUAACCAGCGAAACAAGCAACCAGUCAGCCAACUCACGACUGUAACCAACCAACCAACCAACCAGCCAACCCAUACCCGUAUCAAAAUCGCAUUGCCCAAUUUUUGUAUUGCUUCAUCGGCGCGGCGUAUAGAAGCUGAAAUCGAGUUGAAAACCUAUUGCUUGACGUGUUCGCAUUUUGAAAGUAUCUCAUAGAUACCAUUUGUUUGUUGCUCGUCCGUCGUUUUUGUUUUUUUCUGGCUUUUUUGCGCAACCUCAAGCCAACAGUGUUUUGAAUUUGUUGUUGUCGGUUUUAUCGACAAAACGGCCGACAACUUGAAGUGGAAAUAGAGCUCGAAUAUACAAAAAUUGAAAAAAAACGAAAAAAAUAAAAUAUAGAAAGUGAGGUGAAUGCGACGCGAAACAAGUCGGUACGAAAAAAAAGUGUGUGUUUGUGCAAAGAAAGUGCCAAACAAAACAAAAUCAUUAAUAAAAGUCAGUUGAAAAUCCAAUAAAAAAGUCGCGUGCUCAGCAAAUGAGAGGUGAAAAUCAUUGCAAAGUGCAGAGAGAAAGCGUUUUUUGCAACACCCAAGAAGCGGCGAUCAAAGCAGAUAGCGUAAUAACAAAAAAAACAACAACAAACGUGCACUACAAAGCCAACGUUAGCAACAGUGGCAGUGGCAGAUGUGUAAUAUGCAUACAUACAUAAUAAAAAAAUAUGUAUGUAUGCAUGUGUAUGUGUAGCAACGCAAAUUUGCAGCAUAAUAAAAUAUGCAAUAAAAUUUGAAGGCCAAUAAAAGCAUCAAAAGCUGAUUAAAUAUUCAAAUAAUCAAAACAAACAGCAUAAUUACAUUGGAAUAACAACAAAUAUUUAAUAUUAAACAGUGAAAUUAAUUAUAAAAGUUAUAUGCAAGUGAAAAUUGUUAAUAAAAUUAAAUAGAAAUAUUAAAAAACCGAUAAGGUUAUUAAAAAAAAUAGUUUUGGUCAGUUUUGAAAAUAUACAAAUACACAGUGAAUACAAAAUACGCAAGUACAAGUGUUUACCAAUUAUAAAUAAAUUUCGAAUUAUGCUUCAAGCGUGCAAGUGUGAAAAAAAGUUUAAACAGUAACGGAAACAGUGCAAAUUUAAACAAAGUUGUUGUUUUAAUAUUAAUCAAUAAAAACGUGUUAUGAAAUAGAAGAAACCGCAAAGCUAUUUGAGAACAAUACGUGUUUCAAAAGGAAAAUAUUCGAGAGAAAGCAACGUGGGAUGAAUAUGUUUAAUUUAUAAGAAUUACGGAAAAUUCGAUUAACACGAUUUGCGGUGUAACAACAAAGCAAAAUGGCUGUCAUUAUGAAGUUGUCUACUUGGAAUUGUGCUGGUCACAGCGUUAAUGCAACAACAGUGUCAUGCCACAUAUAUGCACCUGCAAUCAACAGCAAGACCGUGAGCGCCGUUAAUUACAAUUGCAAAGAUGAGGCCACCAGCCAUGCAAACAGCCGCGUUGCAGCCGAAUAAUGAGCUGCACAACGACACACAGCGACAGCGUUUACUACAACAGCAACAACAGAACUUAGCACACCUUCCGCUACACUUGCGACAACAACAGCCGCAGCAGCUACAGCUACAACUGCAAUUCCAGCAGCAACAACAACAACCGCAAACCACACUACUCAACCAGUCGAGUUACGAUCCAACAGCGGCGGCGACAGCGCAACAAGCGCGCAACAAAUACUACUUCGAGCAACACGAGUUCACAGUCGACAAACCGUUGAAUUUUGUUGCGACCACAACAACAGCGUCCGCGAAAGAGGCUGUGAAUCUGAAUGCGCGCCGAAGUUCCGUAGCGUCCAUUAGGCUGCCCCUAGUCGAUGAGAAGUCUAGGCAGGAGCAAUUACUGCAACGCCAACACGCGCAGCCACAAGCGCAGCCGCAACCGCAGGGCGCCAGUCUUGAUUGCAUACAAUUGCUGGACUUGAGCACUUCACCGCCACAUGAGCCAAUCUAUCCGUUGCAAGGUAGCGUAUCUGCGUACUUGCCACAACGGUCUUUAGCGGAUGUGCCACCGCCAUAUCGACGCGCCUCCGCAGCCAGUGUGGCACCAGUGCCAACGCAUCGCGCCUCCUACGCCAGCCAGUACUCGCGCUCAUCGUCGAGUGAGGACGGUUCGAUAGGCGGCGUUAACGCUGCGCCCUACCCGAACUCAUAUACGCGCGCCAACAGCGCAUUCGAUGACGCGGCUGAGCAUUUCAUAAUCAACUUUCCAGCCGCAGACUCACCGUCACACAAUCAGAACGAUUGCGUUAUAAAUUUGCCGCUCUCCGAGACCGAACCGUUGCUAACGAACAUCGAGGCCACAGUUGCGGAUAAGCAGCGCUCCAUACGUCUGCCGAAGAGUAGUGCCUCAUUGAUAUUCACGAAGAAGGAUCUGUUGCCGCAACGCACCGCGUCUGUGGCGCCCUACCAAGCUGCCAAUACGAAUAAUAAUUGCGCGACGCAGCAAAAACAACAACAAACAAAGCAACCGAAACCCAAUCAACCGAAGCAACAACAACAGCAGCAGCAACAACAGCAGUUGCAUCAUAGUCUGAGUUUGCGCUCCGCUAACGAGUACGCGACGCGCAAACCCGUCAAGCAUCUACCAGCCUCAUAUCAGCAGCAUCAACCACAACAACAACAGCUGCAGCAGCAACGACGUAGUUUACAAUUAAAUUACAACAACAAUCUGGUAACCACAUCCACGUGCUGCAGCGCGAACAACAACUACUGCAGCAGCGCCACGGGCAAGGGUGUGAGAGCGCCCAGCGCCAACGCCGGUGGCGGUGGCAGCAAGAGUGUUGGUGCUGUUUUGCAUAAACAUCAUCAGCCGAGCGCUGCAUUAAGCGCCACAGUGGCAAAGGCAGAAGAACAACAACAACAGCAACAAGCCGGUCAAAUUAACACAAACACGGCUGCGACAACGCGCAAGCAACACGCGUACUCCUGGUACGCCCCCGUCUACACAGCACUCGAGGAGGAACUGGAACAGGAUUCUAGAGAUUCUUCGCCAAUCCACAACCUGGCCAACACAAAGAAACAACACCUCAACCACUACCAACAGCAACGGUCCUCACACAACUCCUCGACGGCGGCCGACAAUGAGACCGUUGCGCUGCUAGAGACGCGCAACCAAGUCAACAUACAGGCGCAACUGCAUGCGCAGGCCAACAGCCACGCCCAUGCGGCCAAAGACGGCAACGACAUCAGUGCUGUUGGUGGCGGUAACGGCGUUGGAAGUGGCAGUGGUGUCGGAGUUGCACGCAACGCGAAGUACGAAGCGAAAUACGCAGGCCUGGCGCGACGUACAAAUGGUGGCGGACCGCAAGCGCCCACAACAUUACCGCUGUCGAAUGCACAUAAUGCUACUAUGCAGGCCGAGAUGUCCGGAGGCGAGAGCGGCUACACAGACGCGCAAACAACAGCGCCGAUGAACGGCUUUGAUGGCGAUGUUGGGUUGGUGAACUCACUCGGUGGCACGUUGCCGCCACGCAGGCGCAUAGAGAACUUUCUGAAAUCGCUGGUUGGACGCAAGUCGUCCAGUGCGCGCAGCAAUAGCGGCAAUUCGAUCAAUGGUGGCAAUGUGGAUGUGCUGAAUUGUCGCGCAGAAAAUAUUGUUUCGCAACAGCCGAUGCCCUCAUCGCCAGAGAUCAAGAUUACGCGAACGCCAUCGGAACAGAACAUGGUGCUGUUACGUGAAACGUCGCAACGCGGGCGUCAAUAUAAGCAACAAUUGGCGGCGGCGCAAGAGCAGCGAAAGAGCGAUUGUGGUGGCGGCGACAAGCUAACCGUGAAUGGUGCAACGCAGGGUAGCACAUCAUCGCUGAAUGUGGUGCAACAGAAAUUGUGGAAUAUCAUGCGGCGCGAGGGCAGCGCGGCCAGCUUGUACAACGAGAAGUCGCACUCGAUCGUGCAGUACCGCGGCCUGCGCAAGUGUGAGACUGUAUUGGCGCUGACGCGGCAAACCAACUCGCUGUGCUCGCCCAUAUUUGGCGGCAGCGCGGCGGCACAUGUGGGCGCCAGCGGCAGAAACAAUGGAAGCGCCAAUAAUGGCGGCGCUGGUGUAGCGCGGCACAAUAGCUGUAGCGCCGGUGGUGGCGGUAGCGCGUGCGGCGGCAUGAGGCGCACACAUACCACUGGCAGCGGCAUCUUCAGCACAAGUGGCGUCGAACAAAUACGCCCGCUAAAUCGGCUGCGGAACAGCGUGACGAGUAUCAAUGCCGCAGCGACAUGCUCGCGCUGUUCAAGUUUGCUAUCGCUGGCCGCUUCCGGAUCGCGCUACUCACUCAAUGUGGCGGCGAAUGCAGGCGCUGCAAGCGCGUUCGCACCGACUACUGCGACGCAAAUGCACACAUCCGCUUCUCAACAACAGCUGCAAGCGCUGGCAGCAACGCUUGAUUACAAGCCGCCACCACACUCUUCACAACAACAUCAACAACAGCGCGAACGCAAAAUUAGCAACGUAAGCAGUAGUCAGUUAAAUAGUAGUAAUUAUAUUGUAUUAAGUAGUAAUCGCAUUGCUGAUACCACUGUCGUCGAGCACAAUGCCGGUGGCAGCGGUGCCGGCAACAGUAGCAGUGGUAAUUGUUCCCGUAAAAGCUCGGCCGAUGCGCCAAGUACGCACAGCGCGAGCAGCAUCACACCGCCGUCCAAUAUGACCACGGCUACGCUCACCUCAAGCAUCACAUCGCCGCAUGCCAGCACACCCACAACGCCCGUAGCAGCAGCAACAGCAACAGCUUACGCGUCAGUUGCAGCCAGCGUAGUCGCACCAGAUACACUAGUAAUCACACCCACCGCCAACGCCCCGCAAGCACCGAUAGCAAUGUCUCCGUACACGGCCAACAACACUAACAACAGCAACACCUCAGGCAUACUCGUCGAUCUGCCCUCAUCGCCGACCUCGCCAACAUCGGUCGCUUCGUCGGCUGGCACACCAUGCACCUCCGCCUCCUGCUCAUCGGCCACCACGCCCGCACCCACCUACGCAUUGCCGCCAACAUCGCAAACAUAUCCCUUCACCAUAACCUCCCUACUGGCGAUGUCAAAGACAACAAUGGAACGCGAUGCCGGCGGACGCUGUGCGGGCGGUGCGGAUGACGAAGAUGUCGCUUUGACGAUAAAAAUUUCAUCUGCGGGCAAAGGUCCAACGGACAUUGUCGACGGCAGACACUAUGCGGCACCGGCAGCACUGCCGUUCAAACAUUUCGAGCCCUUCACGUGCAAGCUGUGUUUGGUAGAUGUAGAAGCGAAGGAGGAGGCCACCACGCUGCAGCAAUGCGGCUGCGAAUUUUGCACUGAGUGCAUGAAGGCCUAUGUGGACUUCGAAAUUACCGAAGGCGCUUACGAGAUCUCGUGUCCCGAUGCUCAAUGCCCGGCGCAAGGCAUUAUGACACUACCCGAAAUCGCCAACUUGACGACGACCAAUCUGAUGAAGAAGCAUCAUCGAUACCGACUCAAUAAAGAAAUCGAAAUGGAUAAGACGCGCACCUGGUGUCCGCGUGCUGGCUGCGAAACGGUUUGCCUCGUCGGCGUAGGUCCACAUUCCGAUGCCACACCGUCCACCUCGACCGGCGGUGGCAGCGGUGGCACGCACACAGCCACUUUCACUGACAGCCAAGGCGCACAACAGUCGCUCUGCGCCGUGCAGUGUCCGUCGUGCAAAGAUGAGUUUUGCUCGGCCUGCAAGAAGGCGUGGCAUCCGAACAUGACUUGCGAGGAGAACAGUCGUCGCUUGGUGGCGGACGGCCAGGAUGACAUUGGCAUACCCUUCGACAAUGACCUCAUCAAGUGUUGUCCCAUGUGCGCUGUGCCCAUCGAGAAGGACGAGGGUUGCGCGCAGAUGAUGUGCAAACGUUGCAAGCACGUCUUCUGCUGGUACUGUCUGGCCAGUUUGGAUGACGACUUUCUGUUGCGUCACUAUGAUCGUGGUCCAUGUAAGAACAAGCUCGGACAUUCCCGUGCCUCUGUGGUGUGGCACAGAGCACAAGUGAUUGGCAUUUUUGCCGGCUUCGGUAUAUUGCUGUUGGUCGCUUCACCACUGCUACUGCUGGCGGCACCCUGUAUUAUAUGUUGUAAAUGUCGUAGUUGUAGCGGUGCACGGAUCGAUGAGGGUGAUGCCGAGCUGGACGAGGCGACAGCGUUACAAAGUCUUUAGAAGGCAUCGACGCACCGAAAACCCGAAUUUGGACCAAAAAUCUAAGGCACUAUCGAACUAACAGAAUGCUCUGAAGUUCUUCUUAUCACACAACGGGAAAAUAUUUAAAGUAAAAAGAGUCACUUGCGAACCACUUUUUAGCUGAUUUUAUAUAAUAUUUAUAACAACACUAAUAUCAGUACCUAUGUAUGUAUGUGUAUGUGUACAUAGUUAUAAAAAAGUAAAAUCGUGUACAGAGAAUAAGCAAAAUCCUUAACCGGCUUAACAAAGUUAUUUGUUUUAAAUCAUAAAUGUGUUGCAAUGUGCAUAAAAGCGAAAUCCCAAAAAAAUUAAAACAAUAUUUUUCACUUCCGAUAUGCAAUAAACAACAACAAACCAAACACAAAGAAUAGCGCAUGUUGGAUUACCGGGGAUUUGUGGAGGGAUCAAUGCUGAUUGGUUAUUUGUUUUCCUGCAUUACAUAAUUAACGGAUUCAAGCAAAUAGCUGCACAGGCUUAUAUGUUAUGUGCAUAUUUUUUAAAUAUGUAAAGCGCAGACUGGAUUGUUGAGCGGUAUAUUUGAUUUGUUUUUUUUUUUUUGCUAGCCAAGCGUUUUUAUACAAUUUUAUUUAUGCUAAAAUAUUUAUUUUUAAAUUUCCUAAAAGCAAUUUUCUAGUUUUUAUUGAAAGAAAAUUAUUUUAAUUAUUUUUUUUUUUUUUGCGAACCACGAAAUUUUAACAAAACUCAUUUUUUUAUAAAUUUUUAAAUAUUGUUUUUUUUACAUAUUUUUUGGAAAUUUAUAUAAUUCUAUUUCGACAUAAAAUUUUGAUUUUUAUUUACAUUUUGUUAAUUAUUAAUAUAAUUUUUUUUUUGGCUCUUUCGAAGUAUAAAAAAGUCCGCAUAACAACAAAUUAAUCGCAUUAAAUAAUUUACAUAGGACUUAUGUACAUUAGGAUGGUCUUUAAGAAAUCAAUUUGUUAAUCCUUUUUUGCUGGUUAUUUCGCAGCAACAAAAAGUCUGCAUAACAACAUAUUAAUCGCAUUACAUAUUUUACACAUGUGCAUUAGGGUGGUGCUUAAAAAAUCAAAGUAAUGAAUUAUUCUGUUCCUCGUACUUAAACUAUACUAAAACGCAUAUAACUGAAAUAUGUUCUUUGUUAUGCUUUUUAUUAAAUCGAUUCAGGCGUAUCAAAGUAGGUAACAAUUCGGAUUACCCUAUCUACAUACAAUUGAGUUUUAAAUUAUAUGUUAAAUGAUAUCUCUGAAUAUACAUAUGUAAUAAGUUUGAGAAUUGGAAAAUUUGAUGCGAAACUGUACUUUUUAUAUUUAAGUACCACCCUAACAUUUUCAUUUAUCACUUGAAAUAUUUUUUUUUUUUGUUUUUGAAAGAAUUAACAAAAAAAUAAAAUUUUUUUAAAAUAUUGCCAAAGUGUUUAUUUUAAACAAAUUUUAGUUACAUAGUCGCGAAAAAGGCAUUAAAAAUAAAAACAAAAUAUUUUUUUCUCAGUGUAUCAUCAACGACCGCUAUAUUUAGCAGUUAAUUAGUCAAAGUAUAUCUAAUAGAUUGCGUAAUUGAAAAAUUUGUUGCAAAAUUGUACUUUUUAAAUUUAAGUACCACCCUAACAUUUGUAUGUAUUCCUUGAAAUAUUUUUUUUUGUAAACAAAUUUCAUGAAAAUUGCCAAAAUGUUUAUUUGAAACUAAAUUACGACAAAUAGUCGCGAAAAAUGUAUAGAAAACUUUCAAAAAUCAAAAAAAAAAUGUUUUUUUUUUUUUCAGUGGACCCUCAAUGACUCACAUAUUUGGGAGUUACUUAGUUAAAAGAAUUAGAUUUUGAAAAAAAAAAAAUUUUGUAAUUUUUUGAAAAAUUUGAAAACGAGUAAAAUUAAAAAAAAAAAAUUACAAAAAAAAUCAAAAAUUUUUUCAAAAAAAAAUUUUCAAAAAAUGUUUACAAAAAAAAAUUUCAAAACACUUUUUUUAAUUACUUUAAAAAAUAAAAAACGAACAAAAUUUUCAAUUUUUUUUUUGAAAAAUUUCAAACACCUUUUUUUAAUUAAUUACUAUCAAUAAAACGUAAAAAUUUGAAUUUAAAAUAUAUAAACGCUUUACAGUAAAAAAAUCUGUUAGUUACAAAGAUAAAAAUAAAAAAUAAAUAUUAACAGUGUACCCUCAGCAAUCCACACAUAUGAGCUCAACAAGCGCGCUAUUUCUUUGCUUAAACAAAUCUUGUACUAACUGCAUUGUACUUUGAGGUGUACGCUAACGGUACUCCACCAAAGAGUACACACGAGCGAUUAUUAUUCUCAUUGCAGCGGCAGUGUUGAGCGCAGAAGACCAACUUAGACAUUAGGGUGUUACAAAUGCAGUAUAUUGUAUGAUUAAAUGCAUGUAGGUGUAUGUGCAUAUGUAUAUAUACACAUGCGUAUAUAUGUAUAUGUGCUUAGGUAUGUAUUAUACGUUGAGUAUGCAUUAUGCGUUAACUAAAUUGUGAUAUUUACAGUGAUUCGAUUUGUAAUGAAUGUUUUUUUUAUAUUUGUUCGCGCAAAUCGAUAACUAAAAUAAAGUUAAAGGAACGCGAAUACUAUGAUUUGCUUUGUUGAAAAUGAGAAAGAAAAACAAAGAAUGAAAUGCUGAAAAAUUUAUGAAGUUUGUGUUUGUUAUUUAAAAAAUAAACGAAAAGUUGUCAAACACAAGCGACUUGCGUGCAGAAAAAAACCCUUAGUACAAUCCAAGCUUGAAAUAACUUUCUACAAAAAUGCUUUGCCAAAUACUGCAAAUGUUUUCGAAAGUGAAAUAUUAAAAGAAUUAUUUGAUUUGUGUUGAAAGCAUUUUAAUGUUACACAAUUGUACAGAGAGCACUCGUUUUUUAUAUAUGAAAAAUAUAUAUAAAAUAAAAAAUAAGAAUAAAUUUGAGUUUUAUUAACAAACGAUUUAAGUAUUUAUAUUAAAUAUUACUAAAUGAAAGCUUUUUUGAUUUGUUGUUUGUAUAUAACAAGGAAAUAUAGUAUAUAUAUAGCAUAUAACAACUUUCGUCUACAUUUUCAAACAUUAUUUAUGAGAGCAACUGUAUAAACAUGAGGGUGUGCGUUAUUUCCCAAGUUUUUUUUUUGUUAGCAAGUUUCAGUUUUUGCUCUUAACAACGUUAUGCAACGGAAACAAACUUUUUAUUUGCAAUUUAAACUGGGCCGAAAUCAUAUUUCGCUUCACAUGUAGAUAACUCUAUGGUGUCUUUGAUAUUUUCCAUAAAAAAAUGCACUAACAAUUUUAGAAAGAUAAUAUUCUAAUAAAAAAUUUAGCGUGCUACAAAAAAGCUCUUAAUAAUUUUUUCCAUAAAAUUACUCAUUUUAUAGUUAUGCGCCGUUAAAGUUAUGCUUCAAAUGUACUGAUCGUUUUUACGAGUGAAUAAUGCUUACUGCGUUACUCAUACGCCAUGGUGCUCAAUGCUUGCUCAGUGCUCUCGUAUAAAUGCUCAGUUCAUUUGAUGUAUGACUUUAACUGCGUAUAACUUAUAAACGAGUGGUUUUAUGGAAAAAUUCAUUAAGAGCUUUUUUGAAGAGAAUAGAAUUUAGUAUCAGAAUAUAAUAUUUUUAAAAUUGUAGAGUUAUACGUUUUGGAGUUAAAAUAUUUAUUACAAAAACUAAAACAAAAACCAUGAAAAAUGUAUGGGAAAAGAAUUAUGAUUUAGACAAGGUUUAAAUUGAAAAAAAAAAAUGUUUUUUGCUGCAUAACGUUUUUAAGUGCAAAAACUGUAAAUUCAGGUGACGUUUGGAAAGAAAAUAAACUUGGAAAAUAAUGGACAACUUUAUAUGGAUACAUAAACUAUAUAUGUAUGUAACUAACGACACAAAAAUUUUGAAAUGUAAUAAAAAAAUAAAACAAAAAUAUUAAACAGCUCUACUUUUAAUUAACUGUAAACUAUAAAGUAUUACCACACUACACAUACUCUGAAAGGUAAUUUUAUUUUAUUAUAACCGUUAAACUUUCGAAAGCGCAUAAACGCUGUUAUUUAAUCCUUAUAGUAGCACUACGAAAAUAUAAGCGCAAAAAUAAAGCACCGCAACAAAAAAAAAUAUAUUUAAAUUUAUAUAU